AUGUCCGCAUCACAUUCUCUUGGUGAAAAUACGUGCCAGUUAUGUGCCGUAGAUAGGCUCUUGUUCACCCCAUCACCUGUCUAUUGUUCAUCUUGCGGGGAUCGUAUUAAACAUAAGUUGACUUAUUAUUGGACAGAGGAUGAAAGGGGUGCAAGGUACUGCUUUUGUCUAUUGUGUUUCAGGGGGUCUCGUGGUGGUAGUAUCUCAUUUAGGGGGAUGAUUUUUUCCAAAACAAAGCUGCACAAGGACAAAAAUGAUGAAGAAGUUGAAGAAUCAUGGGUACAAUGCGAUGAGUGCCAACGUUGGCAGCAUGAGAUAUGUGCUCUCUUUAAUCCAAAACAGGAUUUGGAAGGGAAAGGAAAGUACAUUUGUCCAUUUCGCCACUUAGCUGAGAUAGCAGCUAAAGAACAUGUGUCCACACCUGCUGCAUUCGGGGCAAAAGAUCUUCCAAGAUCCAUGCUUAGUGAUUAUAUAGAAGAGAGACUCUUCAGAAGUCUUAAGAGAGAAAGAGAAGAACGAGCAAAAUUGUCUGGAAAGUCACUAAUUGAGGUACCUGAAGCAACAGAUCUUGUAGUUCGAGUUGUGUUAGCUGUCAACAAACAAUUAAAAGUGUCGCAAAAGUUUUUAGAUAUUCUCCAUGGUGAAAAUUAUCCAACAGAGUUUCCAUAUAGAUCCAAGGUUAUCCUUUGGUUUCAAAAAAUUGAAGGUGUGGAUGUCUGUAUCUUUGGAAUGUACGUCCAAGAGUUUGGUUCAGAAUGUAGGCAACCAAAUCAACGUUGCAUCUACAUUUCAUAUCUUGAUUCAGUCAAGUAUUUUAGACCUGAAAUUGAAACUGUUACUGGAGAGGCUGUACGUACCUUUGUAUACCAUGAAAUAUUGAUAGGAUACCUUGAUUACAGCAAGCAACAUGGUUUUACGACCUGCUACAUAUGGGCUUGCCCACCUAUAAAGGGGGGAGAUUAUAUUUUAUAUUGUCACCCAGAGGUGCAGAAAACACCGAAGACCGAUAAGCUGCGUCAUUGGUACAAGAAGAUGCUUAGGAAAGCAAUACAAGAUAAUGUUGUGGUGGAUUAUACUAACUUAUAUGAUCACUUCUUUGUUCGGAAUGGAAAUUGGAACAUCAAGAUAACAGCAGCCUGUGUACCUUAUUUUGAUGGGGACUACUGGUCGGGUGCUGCUGAGGACGUGAUUCAGAGUAUCGAGAAAGAAAGUGAGGGAUUUGGGAGGAAGGUGAAGAAGCUGGGGCAGAGCAUUCUACCCAAGAAGGAAGACUUUAUCAUUGUCCGCUUGCAGUUCACUUGCAUAAACUGCCAUGAAGUGAUACUAUCUGGAAGUCGUUGGUCUUGUAAUCAAUGCAACAACUUUCAUUUAUAUGUCAGAUGCCUCAAACCGAAGCAAAGCUCUGACAAAAUAAUAGCUCACACUGUCAUCAAUGGGGAAAAACAUCCACUGUGUCAGAUUGCGGUGACUGAUGUAGCUUCUGAUACCGAGGACAACGAUGUCAUUCUAGACAACAAUUUCUUUGAGCAAAGACACUCUUUCUUGAGCUUUUGCCAGGCAAAUCACUACCAGUUUGAUACACUUCGCCGUGCCAAGCACUCAUCCAUGAUGAUACUGUAUAAUCUGAAGAGAUUGAUGGAACAAAACAAGGGGAUUUCCUGCAAUAUUUGUCAAAAGGAUAUCAAGGUGCAAUGGCAUUGCAAGAUUUGUCCUGAAUUUGAUGUUUGCGCUGCAUGCUAUCAAAGAGAAGGUGGCAGUUGUCAUAUUCAUGAGUUGAUUCAGCGUUUAUCCAAUGCUGAUCGUGAAACAAAGAUUAAACAGAUUCAGUACCGGAAAGUAAUGGAGAAAAGCGAACUGCUGAAUCUUCUAGUGCAUGCUAAUUUGUGCAGAGAGACGCAAGACAACCCCGGCUCCCAUCCAAAUUGCGGUAGUGUUAAAAGGUUUUUUCUCCACUCACGCAACUGUGAAGUUCGAUUUUCUGGUGGCUGUAGACAUUGCAAGAAAAUCUGGUUUUUGCUGUGUUUGCACUCGAAGAACUGCAGAGAAUCCAAUUGCAGUAUGCCGCGUUGCAUGCAAGGAAUUGAAGAAAUAUAGAGAAAUGCAUGCAACAGUCUGAAAUCUGUGGAAGGACAGCACUUACAGCGAGGCCUCUAUAUGAGGUUGUACAAUAGCAAACUGAUAAAAUUAGCUGUUAUUUAAUAAUCGCCCACAAAAAAAAUUACUCGUAUAACAGAAUAUUGAAUGAUUUGUAGAAACUAAUGAGGCAAAGUAUUUAGUGGUUACUGCAAAUUUUGUUCUAGAAACAACAUGUACCAUUAGACGACCCACAACAUUUUGUAAUAUGAAG